GUUUUCUUCGCAAAACAUUAUUCUCAUUAAAAUUCAUUUCCAUAUUUCGCAGCCAGCUCGCACCAGUUUGAGCGGCUGGCCAAAAACAUAAAAAAACCGGAAUAUAUUCUUUUAUAUUUAUUCAGAUUUAAUAUAUUUUGACGUUGGUUUUCCCGAAAACAUGGCUUCCUUCCUGGACUCGCGUAAUCGGCGGACGGGCCAGCAGGCCAUCUGGUUGGACAAACUGGAGGACAUCUCCGAUACCUUUUACCGCAAAACCAAACUGGUCUUGCCGCAUAUCGCGCGCCUGUGUUUAAUCUCCACCUUCGUCGAGGACGGUAUCCGCAUGUGGUUCCAGUGGAAUGAGCAGCGCUCCUACAUGGACGCCACAUGGCACUGGGGCUACUGGAUCUCCACGCUCUUCGUCCUGACCAAUCUCCUGGGCCAGCUGGUUCCCUGUGGGAUGAUUAUGCUGCGCAAGCAUGUGACCAUUGCUUGCGGGAUUCUAUGCGGGAUCGUCCUGAUGCAGACCAUCGCCUACCAGAUCUUGUGGGAUGUGCAGUUUCUCAUGCGGAAUCUGGCGCUGGCCGGCGGUCUCCUGCUGCUGGUGGCGGAGUCACGGGCCGAGCAGGGCAAGACCACUCUGAUGGCCGGGGUGCCCACGAUCGGAGAUAAUAAAAACGCGGAGAACUGGCUGCAGCUGAUCGGCCGCGUCCUGCUCGUGGCCAUGUUCGCCACGCUGCUGCAUUUGGAGCUGUCGCCGGGCAUCGUCAUCCAGGCCGUGGUGGGGUCCAUCCUCAUGACGCUGGUGACGAUUGGCUACAAGACUAAGUUGUCGGCCUUCGUCCUGGUAUUAUGGUUGGGAUUCUGGAAUCUGUAUUUGAAUGCGUUCUGGAUGAUACCGGCCAAUCGUCCCAUGCGCGACUUUUUGAAGUAUGAUUUCUUCCAGACGCUGAGCGUCAUCGGGGGACUGCUGCUGAUUGUGACGAUCGGUGCGGGCAAGAUUAGUGUGGAUAACCGCAAGAAGGACUGGUAGUAAUGUUGGAGAUUUUUUUCUGUUUCGAAUUUUCACUCAGUCUGUGGCCAGUUUUGUAGGUGGAUUUUUAACAUGUUAAUGGGUUUCUUUCUUUCCAGAGUUUUUUCUGCCACGAAGAUUUUAAAUUUAUUUGUGCUGAAUAAGCAUGACCGCUGUUUCCGUUUUCGUAUAUCUUCGAUUUUAAAACGAUAAAUGCUUCGAGUUGGUUGUAAAUUGUAAUAAAGCACGCGAAAUAUGCACACAA